CUCUACAAAUAUGCAAUAUAUAUAUAUAUAUAUAUAUAUAUAUUUGCAGUAAUUAAUAGAAUACAUUCUCAAAAAUUAUUUUACUUUUUCUAGAUAAUAUAAAAUGUUCCUCUUGGUCUCAGCACAAAAAACAUUUGAAAUGCCCUUUUUUUUUUCAGGACACUUUCAUGUAUUUUGCCAGAUUCAGUCUUCCCUACAUUUAUAAUUGUCUGUUUUAAAUAAACAACACAGAAAUAUAGUUCAGAGCAAAAAUAUAUAUUUUCUACAAUAAUGAAUAUGACAAGGAUAAAAGAGAGACUCCUUUAUCCUUGUCAUAUUCAUUAACUGAUGUUGUCCUGUUCAGGUGUCAACAGUUGCUAUGAAACACUGUGGCCAAGCGCAGACUCUCUGUAGAGGACAGUGAAUUAUUAAUACCUCAUUAGGCCACCCUGAACACAACAGCAGCACCUUGACACACUGAGCUCUGAGGAACAGAGCUCGCACUUUAACCAUGUCUUCUUUAUUUGACCACGGGUUGAUCAGGACGCGGGCCGUUGAGCAGGUGGUCGCUCCCAUCUCCUGUCAUUUAUGUCGUUUGGUUCUGCUGUGUGAAGGGGCUGAGGAUCCUGAACAUUUUAUUCACCUGGAGGAGGCAGGGAGAGCUGUGGCCAAAGCUACAGAGAACUUAGCAGCAGUGGCCUCCAAAAGAAUAAGUGAGACAGAUGAUGAGGUUUUGCUCAUGGAGAUGUCCUCUCUGUUGGACUCAGUCUCUGUGUCUGGACAACAUGUGCUGCUGGCAGCGCAGAAACUCAGCAUCCAGCCAGGUGUGGCCCUAUACAGAGAGGAGCUCAUCAGUGCUACACAAAACGUCUUCCUAGCAGUGGUCAAAGUUCUGUUGGUGGACGACGACGCCUCCAUCAGGAGAGUUGUAGCUGCUGCAGACCAUGUCCUGGAGCGUCUCUCUGAGCUGGGCUCUUCGUUAGAUGUCUCGUCUUUCCUCAGAUCUUUCCAGAUGUUUUCUGAGGCCUUGUUACAGCUCAACAGUCUUACGCUGGAAAGAGCCAAUUCCUUACAGGAUCCCACACAGACAAAAGAGCUUUUUGAUUCUCUGGACACCCUAAAAAGGUGCAUCUCCAUGCUGCACACAGCCAUGGUCACAACCAUCAAACACCCUACGUGUGAGCAGGCACAGGCAGCCAAAAGGUACAUUCUGGACAAGGUGCACGGCACAGUAGGUGACAUUGUAAUGACCUUGAACAGUGAAUGUCAUAAGGGAACACUGGGUCCUUAUGGAUAUUACACAGAGAAGCGGAACAGCGUGCUGCAGAUUCUAAGCACUUCUUCCCCAUCAACAGUCACAGACAGUGGCUUUGACAGUUUGGUCCGAGACCUUGUGUUCCACUGCAUGGUUGUGGCCAACUCCUCUCGCAGAGAGUUUCAGCAAAAAGUGGUCAGUCACUGCCGUCAAGUCCUGCACUUCUGGGCCGACUUGAAGAGAAUUCUUAAGUCUGCAGACAACUGUGAUGAGCAGAGCUUUGAAAGAACCUCAGCUGUGUUGGCGGAACAAAUACAGAUCCUUGACAAAGAUGUGAUGACUACUGUUCUCUACCAAGUCUUGGACACGUUCCUCACAGCGUUUCCUACAUUUGAGGAGGUAUCACGUGUGAUGAGACAAAUCCAGGUGGCAGAUUCCUCGCCAGAUAACGAUCUGAACUGCCUUCAACAUCUUGUUGAGGAUUUCAUCUCUUCCACUGAUGGAAUUACAGAAGUGGCUAAUUUGGUCUCAUCUGUGGCCCUUGAUGCCAAGAGUUUGGAGAACGUGGAAAAUUCACGGGUAUGCCUGUCAAGACUGCGAGCUCAGAUGGCAGCCCUGUCACUGGAGCUGGCAGAUAAUUCACUGCAAACUGUUGAAAAACUUAAGGAGAUCUGUCAGAAAUGGGAGGAGGAAACAGGUCAGCUUCAGGAUGCUGUGAGCGACGUCCUGGAUGUGAAGGAAUUCAGCAGUGUUGCUAUAAGUGAGAUGAUCAGUGACCGACAAGGCUGUUACACGGCCUACAGAGAGCAGAAUUAUCAGCUAUUUAAUGAACAGGCUGCCAACUUCAUAUGUCACAUGAAGUUGGUGGUUCACUCAGUGAAGAGACAUUUGGACAGAAGUGAUAACCCCAUUUACAGGAAUGGCCUCCUGGUCCUGCUGAGACAAGUUCAGUCUUCUCAGACUAAAGUGUGUGACUCAGUCAGAGCCAUGCUUCUGGGCUCCUGUCUGAAUGUGGAGGAGUAUUCAACCUUCUCAGACAGUGUUUCCACAGUCAUUCAACAUGUCAAAGUCUUAAGAGAGGGACUUGAUGGCCAACAGCAUCCACAUUUACUGAGUCCACUGAGAGAAGGUGCACGUCAGCCGGAAAUCCCACCAGACAUCAGCGAAUUAAAUCCAGUUCAGACGAUGGGAGGUUCUCCAUCUCCUCUUUUUGUGGAGAGAGAUUCCCAUGCCGAACAUCAGCUGGAGCACUCAAGUGAGGUUGUAGUAAAAGUGCCUCAUAAAUAUGACAGUAAAGAUUUAAAGACACCAGGUGUCUCCAAAGUUCCCAAACAGAUCCACAAACGUCAUGACCUUGACCUGCUGCCCCUCUUAUGUGAAGUUGUGACCGUGACUAAAGAGAAAGACGUGACCAGGCUUAACCAGGUCUGCACGGGCGUCCUGGAGCUGUCGAAUUAUUAUGUUCAUGCUACAAAGGAAGCCUUGGCAAUCGUUGACGCAGUUGACUGUCAGACGUUAGAAAGUUUCAGAGCAGAGCUGGUGUCACUCACUCCUCUGCUCAUCCAGACGGCUCAGGAGACGGCCAUGAGUUCAGCCAUGAGCACGGAGGGUCUCUUCAAACACAGCAGCCACUUCUGUGACCUCAUCAACCACAUUAGGAAGAUUUUACUGCCAGUAGUCGGAACCUGGUAUCACACUGUCAACACUGAGCUAUCAACAGGGGCAACUACCGUUAAGCAGCAGCUCAGUGCAAUGAUGGAUUUAUGUACCGAGGUGGUCCAGCUCCUGACGUCAUCUGAUGUCACCUCACACAGCAACACUCAUGAAACAUUUGGUAUUUUACACAACAAACUCAACAAAGCCCAGAACAACACAAGAUGUCUUGUGGAUUUCUCCACCUCUUAUGAAGGCAACACUGAUCAGCUGGAAGGACUCUGCAUCCUCUGGGGUCUCUCCAUUCAGAUUUUGCUCAAUUCUGUUGACAGGAUUUUGGGAACAUCAACCGUGGUGAACCAGCUGAGCUCACAGAAACAGCUGUCGGUUUUAUCUGAGAACUCGCUCAGGAUCCAAGAGGCUGCAAGAAUCACCAGUCUGAACUGCAGAAGUGCUUACAAAUCCAAGCAGCUCACAGAAUGCAGAGCUGAACUAAAGUCACUAACUGAGGACUACCUUCAAGCUGCGGAGGAGCUUGGCUUAACCCCGAGUGUUAUACAACUUGCCAAAGCUGAAUUCUUUCGGCGGCGUCUUCUAAUUAAAAUUAAACUUCUUUCUGGCCAUUUAAGCAAAGUGAAUAAAGAAUACGAAGAUGUGCUUAAAGAUAUUGUCAACAUCGCUAUUUCUGCAGCCAAACAUUUUAGAGGAAACCUCGCAGAAGAUACAGAUCGACAAUUUGAACAAGCAACCAAAGCACUGGUCGGAAAUGUCAAAUCUGCCACCAAAUGCGUGGAAGACAGUUUGAAUUACGUCAAAGACCCUCGUGCACGUUCCAACCUGAGGUCCAUCAAUGACCACUUGUCCUUUCAGAUUUCAGAUGUCAUUAGCCGGGCAAGGCUGAUUCUGGAGACUCAGUAUAUUUGUGACACUCUCAGUUUGGAUGUGCAGAUCCAUUGCUGGUCAGCUAAAGCCCACUACGUGGUGGACGAGAUCAGUAGACAAGAUGGGAUUCAUCCAGAUAUUAAAGAGCACAUCAGGACUGGUCUACAAGGACAGUUGGCAGAACCUAAAGUCCAAGAGGAGAAAUGUCCCUCUACUGAAGCAGUCACAUACUGGCCGAUAAGCACAACAGAAGCUGUAGAUGCUCCGCAAAUUAACAUCAACACAGAGACUGUGGACAAGUAUGAACCAGGAACAGUGGAAAAACUUGAUGUUGCCAGAUGUGGAGCAUACAGAGACUCUUCUUCACUGACCUACACCUCACUCUAUCUUAAACAAGAAAGUGACAGCUGGGAUCCAAAGGACAACAGGAUUGUCCAGGUGACCAGGAAAAUGGCUGACAUAAUAUGUUACAUGACCCAGUACUUGAGGAAGAAAGGCCCAAUACCGAAUAAAGAGGCGUUUGUCACUGCAGCCAAAGACGUCAUCUCCAACAGCCAAUCACUGACCCAGUUCAUUAGAGUCAUUGCUAACCACUGCUUGGACAAACAAUGUAUGGUUGAACUGUCCCUUAUUGUUGAGCAGAUUCUGACCAUCACAAACCAGCUGAACAUCAUCUCCAGCGUAAAUGCCGUAACACCUGGAAGCAAAUCAUCCGAUGAGAUCCUUGUGAAGAAUACACAGAAUCUCCUCCAAAUCGUCCUGCGUGGCGUCCGUGCUGCAGAGACCGCCUGCAUCACGGGUUUAAAACAGCCAGAACCACACUCUGAUGGAGCAGAGGCCACAGCGCUGUGUUUCCAGUGGAGGAGAAACCUGGAGCUGCACCGAGCACAGCAGACCUCCAACCCAGAAACUGAUGAGCUGGGUUUGAGAAAGACUUCCUCCCACCCCCUAGCACCCAGUCUGGCCCCACCAGUUGAUGUGCAUGGUGGUCGUUUCUAGUUUAGUGGGGAAUUAAACAAGAUGGAGAGUUCAAAAAAGAUGGAGAGAGACAUGGAACGUUUUGUAGAGUUAAUGUUUUACACAUCUGGCUGUAUUUUUUUAAUUAACCAAUAGCCAAGGCCGGUGUUCUGAAGUUCCAUGCCACCCAUGGAAAUUUCCUAACCUGCAGAAAACUAUGUAUUGUUUGCAGUCGCAAAUUGGCCGAUGUACGCAUGCGCAGUUAACUCGGGUAGGAAAUUUCCAUGGGUAGGAAACUUGAUUACUUGAUUACUCCAACAGCGCUCACCUGCGUCCGGAGCUGCACCUGCGUCGCCACUCCCGUGCUCUCUCUCCUGCAGCUGAGCGCUAACCUCCGCCGCGCCCCCACAAUGUGUAUGUACAUUGACUUUUUUAUAUAAUUAGAAUGUAUUUUACAUUGUUUUGCAUGGUCGUGUAUCUAAUUUAUUUACGUAAUGUGUAUGUUUUAUAUUUACAUUGUACAACUCCACUGUGCAUAUAAUUGUUUGGGAAAGGGUAAUACAGUCUGGGAGGGUUGAUGAAGGUUGAGGUUCGUGAAGGGUAAAUAUAUACGUAACUCUCUCGCCUCUAUUUUGCGGAUUUUCCCUUUUCGCGGUGGGUCUUGGAACGCAACUACCGCAAAUAGGUUUGCAUGUGAAAGCCACCAUGGUUUAAGGUCCAGUUUUGUUCAAAGGAACGGCAAGGAAUGGCAUGAUAUACUACAUUAAACAGAAAUUAACCUAAAACUUAAAAUUAAAAAAACACUAAAAAAAUAAGUAAAAAUGUAAUUUGCCUUGCCGCUGUGAUCAGAUGUGUGCGCACAAAGUAACUAAUAAAAUAAUCAAGCAAUAUAUACAGGCAUGUUUAUUGCAACAAGAGAAAAAGACACAGGGAUAAAAUCAUUUGAGCAGGAGGGGGCAGUGUUGAACACAUUCAAUGUCAAUUUAAACCACCAAGAUAUCUCAAACAAAUUUCUUGUGUGUCUGGAACUGUGGCAGUUUAUUGCAAAUUAAGAAUUAGCUUCAUACAAAACAUUUACAAUCUGCAGACGAUGUAUGCUUGAAUUGUCUAUAAUAUCUAAAAUAGUCUAAAACAAAAACUAAAAGAUCAGUGAAUUGUGAAUAGAGUUGAGGCUAAUUUGUCAGUCACAGCAUGUUGCUUAUAUCACUGACAGACAGAGGUUGAUAGAAAAGAACCCCUCUGUGUGAGUCAUGUCUGAUGCUUUAAAUAAAUGUGGAAAAUGUGGGAUGUGCCAAAAAACCCAAAAAAAAACAGGCUCUUCAAAAACUGUGAUGUGAUUGUACGUAUGUACUUUGCAUCAUUCUUAUGGUACUGCUGACAACGGCUGUGAGUAUAUAAAUGAAACUAUGAGUAUAUAUAUGUGAGUUUGAAGGAUGGAUAUUUAAUGGUAAGGCAAUGGAGCGGUCCUUAUACCCUGAGGCAAACAGUACGACUGUAUAUGUGAGGAACUGUCGCCUCAAAAAAUAGACACUAAAUCUCACAGCUUGACACAUACAUAUACAGGAGUGUGCAUACAUUUUGAACCAUGCCUGUUUUUAUGUUUUGCCCAUUAAAUGUAAUGAAUGUGUUUUGUUUAGGUUCCACUGAUAUAAUCUUGCAUAGAUAUUUUCUCCAAAAGAAAAAAAAUAGCAGCUCUUUGAAUCCUUAAAUUCAGUCAGUAAUUGUGAUGGCCUGAGUGACAACAUGAAGACAGUUAUGCUGUAUGUUUGCAGACUCAGAUCAACCUUAAGCCAUUUUUGAUGACCUAGUUUCACAGUAAAGUCACAGUCUGUCACUGUGUUUUCUGUGUUAUCAUCUAUAUGUCCGCCUUCUUAAAGUAUGUAGAUAGUCACAGCAAAGCAAUGGCAGAAUUUCCAGUUUCCCAUUUCUUGGUCUUGUGGGAAAUGUUUUGUCAAUUAUAACCAGUCAGGUUAUAUGGUUAUUAGUGAGAAUGUAUUGCAGAUAAAUGAAAGAAUGUGAUAUUAUAUAAGAAUAUUUGUUACUUAUUGUCACUGUUAAUAAAUAUUUAGUGCAUAAAUAGCAAACUAAGAAUGAGAAAAGUAAAAAAAGAAAAUGUUGAUGCAUGGAUACUGCUGUUGUAAUUUGGGGAUUGAAAAAAAUAACUCAGUUGAUGAGUGAGCAAAGAUUAUUUUGCUAAAUAUUCUUAGAGACAAGUUGUAAAGACUAACUAAGUCUUUUCACAUGAAAACAACAAUUUUAACACAGCACAAAACUUCACAUCAUUGUUCACAGCCAUCUGAACUGGUGUGUCCAUGUUGAUCUUAAAAUCCCUGGACUGGCAAAAAUAUCUUUUACAUGAGCAGAAGUCUCCAGUCUAUCCACAACGCACAGCUUUUGCUCUGCAUUUGGAAACAGCCGAGGGAAAAUACAUUUUCACCACAUGGUCCAGUUGAGUAGCAAUUCUGCAGCCUUAGACCAUAUGGUGUUCCCAGUCUCACACUGCGUUGUGUAUAGACUGCAACACUUUUACUGUGUAAAGUGCUGCUUUAAAAAAAAUGCAGGCUUUCUGCUUAUUUUAUUCUAACACAUAAGACAAUCAGAUGAUAAAUGAUAAGAUGUACUUUUUUUCGAUAGGUUUGAAAAAUACAAUGACUUUGAAUUACUAUAAUUACUUGUUUUUUUUCUAAAUGAUUUGUGCAUUUAUUUAAGACUGCCAUUCACUUUCAUUUGUUUUGUCGAGUUUCUUGGCGUGGUGCAGAAUUUUAAAUGAACAAAUGUCAGGGAGAAAUUUCACACUAUAUUCAAUUGAAGUAUGGUAAUGCCUAAGCACGAUACACCCGUGGGCUGUGUGCACCUCAAAUUACUGCUACACAUUUGUUUUCCCAAACAUCAGGAUCAAUAGGAGGGAAGCUACAAAUCCCCUGUGCGGCGUCAACUCUAUAUAUCCAAUUGAAGCAACAACUGCUGACACGUAAGAGAAAUGCAAACAAAUUAAAUUCUCUGAAUCUGCUUGUCGGAGCACUUCCUCAUAUUUCCACCUAACCUCCACCCUCCCACUCACCCACCCCCCAACCCUCCGCAAAAACCCUUUCUAAAGUGUGGAUGAGCUCUCCUUCUCCUGCCUCUGGGGCACAUUCACUUUUAACUGUUGUUUAUCGAUUUGUAAAAAAAAUGGGUAAUAUUUUUAAAACGCAUAUCUGAGGUAUCUUUGCUAUAUGUUAUUUACACAUAACAUGUUAUUUAUAUAUACUGCACAUAUCAGUGAUGAAAUGGGGGGAAAUCAACUGAGAUGAAGUUGCUAAUGCAUUUCAUCAUAUCGCAUUCAGAAAUGGAGCAACCUUGUGCUGAGGUUGAAGCAACAACUGCUUGGCACACAGCCUGACUAAGUGGCAGAACAGUGACCAUGUAGCCCUUUCACAGCUCCCAUGUGCUCAUCAUCUGGCUGAUGUAUGCCCAUGCCAGCUGACAGUCAGUUUAAAAUGCUGCUCCUGAGCAUGGGUUUUUUUUCCCCAGUGGAAUGUGGAAGGAUUACUAAGAGAUGAGUUCAGCCAUCAUGCCUCACAAAAUAUCCUAAAAGAGCAUGUAUUUACAGUAGGUGAUGAUGUGCCAACUUUUUCAUUGAGGCUGUGCAGUGAUGAAAGAAUAUGGAGUGGAUGAAAUAUCACCAGCACUAAAGAAUCUAUUAAAAUGUCAUUCAGGGGUCGUAAUAAUUGUUUUGUUCAUUUUUCCCAGCAUAUUUAUAUUAAUGAACUGUACCAGUAAAUAAAAAACAUGGAUAGCCCACUAGUGGACAGGUCUUCUCCACUAAUAAUAAGCACAAAAACUGUAUGCAAGAUGCAAAACUUUUCAUCUUUUUAUGUUGAUGUUUUGCUGGACAAACAAAGCCAUAUAGUGCUAAUCCUAGUUGUAAAACGGUGGAUGAAGGGUACAGUAUCUGGUGUGUAAGUCUGUUCAAAUGUGAUUGUGAAGGUUAGCCACUGAGGUACAGUAACUGUAAAGGAGACGGCAACAUGGCAGUAAUCCUUUGUUAAUCUGAUAAUUGAAUUCUGAAUUGACAUUCCACAAUAUACUGUAUAUAAUCCUCUCAGUGGUUCCAUGGCUGUGGUUCCACCAGGUGGAGCUCUGCCACAGUAAGGGUCCUGCUUGUCCCAUUUGAUUCAGUCUUUAAGAUAUAAUUACCCACUAGAUAAUUAGCUUAAAUGGAGGACACUGACAUUGUUAUUUAUUAGGCAGAUCAGUAUCAGCAGCGUGUAUGUAAAUGACAAAGAUACAUUAAUUCACAGGCUGACAGAAUGUACCACACAAUAAUAUCAUAUUAUAUAUAUAU